AAAUUAUUUAUUUAUUCAUCGCUUAUCUUGUUUUGUGGAUUAGACAACCACGAAAAACAAUGCUAGGGUUGUCAGAAACACCAAAUAUUCGAAUUUGCAUCCAAAAUUCGAUACUCAUCUUGAACUUUUUUGUUUGUGACAUUUUAUUAAAAAUUUCAAUUUUUCCUAAAAGAAUUUUACUUUAAAUAUUUAAAAAGAAGAAGCAUGUUCAUUUUUCAAUAUAUCUGGUCCCCAUAUUAAAACAAGCAACAAUAAUUGACAAUCUCUUUCUUUCAUCUUCAUCUUAUUCUUCUUUAUCUCUCUCUCUCUCUCAAGACUAUUGAGCUUCUUUCUUUUUUCCUGAGUCUUUUAGUCUGAUCUCUUACAAGAAUGGCGUUCGCAGGAACAACCCAGAAAUGCAUGGCAUGUGACAAAACAGUUUAUCUUGUCGACAAGUUAACCGCCGAUAACCGGGUCUACCACAAAGCUUGUUUCCGAUGUCACCAUUGCAAAGGAACUCUCAAGGUUUGAUCUUUGAUUCUAGUUUGUGAUGAUUUCUCAUUAAUCCAGAAGUAGAUCUAGUAGAUAUAUAUGUAGAUGAAGAAGUCCAAUCAAUUAAGUAGAAAUCUUUGAAUUUUUGGCUAUGGAAACUGAUUGGUCUAAAGAUUUGACUGUUCUGUUUCUUCUUCUUCUUCUUCUUCUUCUUGAUGAGUCAGCUUAGCAAUUACAACUCCUUUGAAGGAGUUCUCUACUGCAGACCACAUUUCGAUCAAAACUUCAAGAGAACUGGAAGUCUUGAGAAAAGCUUCGAAGGGACACCAAAGAUUGGGAAACCUGAUAGGCCUUUGGAGGGAGAGAGACCUGCUGGAACCAAAGUUUCGAAUAUGUUUGGUGGAACACGAGAGAAAUGCGUUGGUUGCGACAAAACCGUGUAUCCAAUUGAGAAGGUAUCGGUGAAUGGAACAUUGUACCACAAGAGCUGCUUCAAGUGUACACAUGGAGGCUGCACGAUAAGCCCUUCGAAUUACAUAGCUCACGAGGGUAAGCUAUAUUGCAAGCAUCAUCAUAUUCAGCUGAUCAAGGAGAAAGGAAACUUGAGCCAGCUCGAAGGAGGAGGAGAGAAUGCCGCCAAGGACAAAGUCGUCGCUGCUUAAAGAAACAAUUCAAUCUCUCUGGGAUGAUUUUGACUAUCGAAGAAUCAAAAGAGUCACUACUUCUCCAUCGAUCGAUAACAUAUAUUGGUUUUGUUUCUUCCUACGUUUGUGUUUUUCUUUUUGGUCUUUAAUAUGUUUUUUUUUUUUUGGGACCUUUGUUCACUCUUUUAUUGGGUUUCUUGAAAUGAAACUAGAGAAACAAAGAAAUAAUGGAUGUUUGCUUAUGAGAUAUAUAUGUAUUACGUUCAUAUGAUAUAAAUUAAUUUUCGUGAAGUUUAAGCUUCAGCUAAAUGA